AUGGGUGUGGAGCAAUGGGAAGGGGCAGCAGGCUUCAGGUGGCCCCACCCCCACCAGGCCAGUAGAUCCUCUUUGCAGUGUUCUUCUCCUGGCUUCAGUUUUGUACCUCCUGUCUCCUGCAGCCCCCUGGGCCAGCAUCAUGAUACCAACUGCAUUCGUCAGCUUUUAUGUCCAGACCCCUCCUGUGAGGUGUGUAAUAAUGCAACCACUGAAAUCCAUCAGCUGCUGUACUCAGAGGGCCUGGAAGAGUCUACUCCCUCUGUGUCCCCUUGGGAUCCCACAGCUUCUUCGACUGAGCCAUUAUUCACUCAGUCCUCUGCCAUCUCAGCAGUCCCUCCAGGAGACCUAAUACCACCUCCUCUGCCUGAGCCUUUCCCCCCUCCCCCCUCCGUUCUCUCCCCUAACCCAAUGACCCCCGUGGGUAGUUUUCUGUCACACUCAUCACCAGGUCAAACCCUGUCUCCAGAGCCUUUUCCUCCCUUGGAAUUAGAAUUCCCAUUGCACCAUUCCCCAUUCCAACCCAAAGACUUGUUGUCUUCAACCUUGACACAAUGUGAUUUCCAUCAAGAGUUUUCUGCUUCCCAUUGUACAAAAACAUUUUCUGGGGGAAACUCUGCAGCCAAACGUAUAGAUCCUAGACCCUUCUUAUUUCUCAGCUCUGAUGAGCAUGGCUUGGUACAGCAGUACUCAUAUCCUAAGAACUGGGAGGACCUUUUAAAGAAAAAAAUUAUCCAGCUUUUCUGGGGUCUUCCAUCUUUGCACAGUGAGUCCUUGGCCUCUGCUGUCCAUGUCUCGAAUGACUAUUCCUCAGUCUUUAUUUUCAAUAGCAUCUCAAAUGACCCCACAGGCCAAGAAUCCCUAUCACUUCCUUAUUUCCUACCUGAAUUCUUGCCUAAGGUCCAACCUCAACCCUUGCCUCCAACCCUGCCACAGUCACAGCCCCUACAUCUCACGCAGAUCCAACACCAGGCCAACCUUCAAUCCCCAUUCCCAAUCCUACCAUCAAGUCCCACACCCCAACUUAGGGACUGUGGAGUAUAUUUUCAUAGACCCCAGAAUGAAUCAUAUUUUCUCACCUCAUCUGAAAUUCAAGACCUGGAAUGGAAUGUGUUGAAGAAGAAACAGGAAAGUUUGUGGGGCUUACCCUCUGUGGUCCAAAGUUCACGGGAAGCCGCCUAUCCUUCAGCUCCCACCAUUCCUUACAGCAAUUUCUCUAGCACUCAUGUUUCAAUUUCCAUCAGUCCUGUAGAGUUUCCUCUCAGCAGUGAACUUCGAAAGAAGUUUGAGCAUCACUUUAGAAAGAAGCUCAUCCAACACCGGUGGGGCCUGCCCCGCAGGGUCCAUGAGUCCCUGUCACUGAUGAAGCCUCUGAGAAAUCGCAAAGACAUAUCUGAGUCAAAGAGCAGUUACGGCCUCUCAUGGAUCUCUGUGUACAAGGACCAGAGUAGCAAAAAUAUAAAUAUUGGAUUUAGCCAACAAGAAAGCUUCUAUGAGAAGGGCUCAGAAAUAUUUCAGCUAGAGAAGGAUGAGGGGCCAGAUGAGGGAGAGAGCCAAGGGGAUGAUCCAAAAGAUUAUCUGCUGAGCGAGUCAGGGAGCUCUUCAGAUAAGGACGUGAGAAAUGACUGUGAGAAAGACCUAGACAGUUACAUGAUGAAUCUGCCAGGAGGAAACUCAAAAAUGUCAGGGCAGAGUAUAAGUCCGAAGCAACUGAGAAAAUCCCUGAAAGAACAUCUGAGCAAGAAUUUAGAGAACAUUAAUGAGGGUCAUCUCCCUGGAAUUGUGCAUAGUUCAUGGCACAAUAUCGUGCAGACUUCUCCUGUAAAACCCCACACCAAUGUCGCACAGAGAAGUGCGCCCGCACCAGUGGGUGGGGACUACUGCCUGAAUACAUCCCAGGAGCUUUCCUUCCUUGAGUCCAGUACACAGCAGAUGCUGGAAGCCCACAUUACCAGCUUUGGUAUGAGUAUGUUGUUGGGCCUUCCUGCCAAAGUCCUUGAAUCCAUAGAAAUUUUUAAAAAAAACACCUCAUUCCAUUCCUUGUUCAAUCCUAAAUCUAGGAGAUACACAGCCCUGAGAGGAAGCUCUGAAUCCCUUCAUGGGGACAAAGUGAGAAUAGAAAAUUCAGCCACUGUCCUGAAGCUCCCUCUCCCUGCCACUUCACUUGUGGGCAGCGAUGGACAGGGGGCUCUGAAACAAUCACCCUCAGAUAUUAAACACGAGCUUGCAAAGGAAGUUCAGAGAGAUUGGAAUUCCGAACAGCCUCUUCUGCCAGUCACAGACAGCAUCAUUGACAACACAAUUCAGAGUCAUGCUCUGAUACCCAAUGUUCAACCCCCACAGCUGUCCACAAUGCAAGCAGGGACCAGACAUGAGCCAAAGGAUAAUAGUGUGAAUGCCAGUGACAAUGAAGAAAUACUACAGAGCACAAAUGGGGAGAAGUUAGAACCUGCUUCCAUGCCCACUGUGUCCAAGGAGACAGUUAGUGUUGAGGAGCUUGAUGUUCUUCAAUCCAGUAGUAGUGACAUCUUAACAACCAGCAAUCCAGGAAUCCCCCAAGAGAUAAAUGAGGCUGAGAAUAAAGGAGAAACUACUGGGACCACUGAAUUGUCUCCAAUAAAACUGUCAAUUCUCCAAGAUCCCAAAUUAUCAGAGUUACAGAAGCAACUCAUUCAUGAGUUAAAGUCUAAAUUGGAGAAUGGGAACUACAGCCAGGCCCAAGGCCAACCCACUGACAUGCACCAUGACUCAGAAAGCUUGAUUUGCAAAGCCUCCCUGACUCAUGCUCAGAGUGUCUCCAGUGUGGAUCCGGGAGCUGUCCAGGUGCUGCAUGUCCAUUUGGAGGACAAAGAAGUCAGUAUGGAGCAGCAGCAGGAACCUUGGGUUCCUAAGCAGGUCUUAAGGAUGUGUGAGGAUAAGAAUUCACAACCAGAUGCAAAGAAAGUGAGACCUGCAGGCUCCCGAUCAGAAGAGCUUGGUGGAGGAGAUGCAGGGUUGAGGACUUCCCAAGCUAGAGGGAAGAGAUUUCCUUCUCAGGUCACAGCAUUAGAGGUGAUGCAUGCUGGGAAGCCUCCCCAGACCCUAUCGCAGAAGGGACAGUCUCCUGAUAGCCAUUUCUUAAGUAAAAUUAAGACCUUUUUUCAAUGGCUUUAUCCUGACAGAAAAUGCACAAAGCAAGAGAUCUCCCAGGAAAAGUGCAGUCCCAUAUUAUCUGCACAGAGCAGAGGCCCAAUUAAAAGUAGAACCCCCUUUACUAGAAGGAUGGAAGUUCAGAGAAUUAUGUCAGACACUGAGAGGGUCCCAGAAGAGAAACAGAGGCGUCGGCAUGCAGUAGAUACCACCUGCACUCACGAGACCCUUCCCAGGGCAGUGAAAUUUGGGAAAGCUCAGCAGAAAGCAGCUGUGGGGAUCUGGGCAGAGCCUGUCCAGGGGCAUCCCUUUAACUUGAGGGCUCCCUCCUCUAAAGUGAUGAAUAUCAAGUGCAGCUGCCAAGCAGCUUCCUUCACUGGCCAGAGCUCCACAAGUAGCAGACAUAUCGGAAACGAGGGCAGACACCCCCAGAAAGUUGUGGCAUUAAAGGACCAGCAACUAUGUCAGAAGCACCCCCAAUCUGUGCCCCGCAGGGGGACUGUGCCCCGUCCAAGCCCCACCUACAGGCCUCAAGCUGCCCAGGGACCUCCUGCUGCUCUCACCACUGCUGAAGGCACUGAGUUCAGAGAUCAGUCUCUACGACUUAGACCAAAAACCCUUCCACAAAAUGUCCAGGGAAAAAAAAUUCCCACCCCAAAAUAA